AGACUGCGGAAAACGUAUGGGUACUGACCCUUGAGAAGCUCUUGCUUAAAGUUUUUAAUACUUAUUAUUUUUAUUAAAAUUUCCAUAUAAAUUAUCAUUAUUGGAAAUGGCCAGAGAAUCGAGCUCCAUUGAGCUCAAGCUCCUGUACGGCGAGGAUAUCAGAGCCUUCAAUUUCUUCCAGAAGAUCUCCAUCUUCGUCCUCGGUUCCAUCGCUAGCGACGAUUCGACCAAGAAAGUCCACAACCAACAGCCCCAGAGGACUCCCACCGACCGAGAAGGGGACUCCAAUCCGGAAUGGAAUCACGAGAUGAACUUUUUGGUCGAUGAAGAAGAGGCCUCUGAGUCCAAUUUCGACCAUCUCUUUAUUCACUUGGACCUGCGGCACGAGGGGGUUUUGUUUGGGAUCGGGGAUAGGACGAUCGGUGAGGUUCGGAUUCCAUUGAAGGAUCUCAUGGACCAAACGUCCUGUAAUGGUGUGGUGAGGUUCGUUCGGUAUCAAGUGAAGAGCUCCGACGGGACGCCCAAUGGUGUGUUGAACUUGUCUUUUAGGUUCAAUUCUAUGACUGAAAAGAAAUCGCCAAGCCCUGGUAAAAUUCAGUACCCCACUGUGGAGGAAAUCCCCAAUUUCGAUUUACAAGUUCCCAACCUGACGUUUUCUCGGCAUUCUUACUUUUCCGAACGACAAAGAAUUGAGUGCUGGUCUUCUCCUUCUUCUUCUCCUGCUACGGUGUCGUAUCCCCAUAUUCAUAUUCCUCCAGAAGGCAUCCCUGGUUCGGGGCACCACCACCAUUAUCAUGGAGGAGCAAUGUGGCCCAGUGGAAGAAAUGAAAUGGGAAAUUGGAAUGGGUACUGACUGCGAGGAUUGCUCUUCAUCAAGCUUUUGGGGAAUGGAGAACAGAUGUAGUGUGCAAGAUUCUUAGCUACGAUUCUCAUAUGGAUUGUUCUUUUUUCAUAUCAAAAUCUCUAUGAAAGUAACUGAGUACCAUAUUUGAUCAUGGCAAAUUUGACGUUUGAACAGGUUAAGGGGAAGAAGAAAUAAAUAUCGAGGAUAAUGUAUACUUGGUAUAAUGUGGUACAUAAGAAAUUUAAUAUUUAUUAUACAUGUUAUCUCUGAUUCUCAUGAAGAAUGACCCUUUCAUAAAUGAGUAAAUCGUUACCUAGUUUGAUUAUUA